AUGUCGUUCUCAAGUCCAUUUAUGUUUGCAGUGAUUUGCAUUAGCGCUGUGUGUGCAGAUAAGCUUUACGAUAAAGAAGCCGUCUUUGAAUGUAUUGAAAAGUUUGACAUUCCAAUAAAAGAAAAAGGUUCGUUUGAAAAUAACGACGUGUCUUCAGUUGAUCCCUGUUUCUGGGCUUGCAGUUUCAAGACAAUAGGUUUUCUCAAUAGCGAAGGUCAAUAUGAUAAGGAGGUAACACAUACUCGUUAUAAAAAGGAAGAUUUAGCUUUUCUGGGUGAAGCAAAAUUUAACAAAUUUGAAGAAAUCGUAGUAAAGUGUGAUGCAGCUUUGGAGAAAAUAACAGGGACCGACCCGAAAGCAGAAUGCGACAGAGGGCUCCAGCUUGCAAAAUGCUAUAUAGAAGAUAUGAGAAAGUUAAUUCUAGAUGAUUCUAGAAAAUAA